GGCGGACAAAUGUAUGAGCUCAGGAGGGUUCUCACAGACUCAGCGGCGCCAGGUCUUCACACACUCACAGGAUAUGUAAAGACUUCAAUAACGAGCCAUUAACCUCUAAUCAUCGGGAUCGAUCAGGCGUUAACAAGGGCCCCUACAUAUGCAAAUUGCAGCGAGGGCCAGUGCCCUAUAAAAGCUGACCCUGGACAGGGGCUUCUACCACACACUCCCUCUGACACUUGGAUUUACAGGUCACUGAUCAGCACUGCGAACAUGGUGAAAUACUUUUCUGUGGACUGGCUGGCCCAGAGCCAUCACAACACGGAUACAACUGAAGACCACGGAGCUGGCACGGAUACUGCGCCUACCUGCAGACCUCAUAUUCCCUGCAUGGUGCAGCCAUGUCCGCCAACUUAUGGCAAGAGUUACCUGCAGCCAAAACCCAAAGCAUCAAAGCCCAUUGAACACAUGGAGCAAGUGGAGAGCGGCGGGAUCCUGGACUCCAACCUGUGCUCACCUUUUCAUCCAACAAGCUGCGCCUCACCAAUUUCAGAAAUCAGCGGGUAUUCCUCCGGAUACGAGAGCGAAGCGGCUUCCUCUGAGUGUCACUACUUGGACGAGGGAAGCGAAUUGGAGAAAGACGGACCUCAGCGUCGUGCGCGCACAAAGUUUACUCCAGAGCAGAUCAGCAAGCUGGAAAAGAUCUUCAACAAGCACAAAUACCUGGACGCUGGAGAGCGAGUGAAGACAGCACAGAAGCUCAACCUCACCGAAACUCAGGUGAGGACCUGGUUUCAGAACAGGAGGAUGAAGCUAAAACGUGAGGUUCAGGACUACCUCUCUCCUCAAGUCACACCGGUGAUGUUCCAGCCUCUGCCCCCGGUUCAGUACCACAGCAUGGCCGGACAGCGACCCCACUACCCGGCGACCAGCCCGGCCUUUUACCAGCUCCCCGUCCCGCAGCUGGUUCUCCAGCAGCAGAUGCCUCCUUACCACCCUCCUCAUGGCGUGAUCCUCAACCGACAUUUCUACUGAAGAACUGUCAACUAGAGACUUUUCCAACUGAAACACUUAGAAUCCAAACAAGUGCAAUACAAAGUUAUUUUUAUUUGAUAUGAUUUUUAUUAUAUUUGAUAAAAGUUGUAUAUAAUUUACAGAAAAGUAUAUUUAUCAUUGAAUAAAGUUUAUUCUAUACUG